UACAUCGUCCAACGUCCCAAUUGAAAUCAUGCCAUGUCCUUGCACUCCCUUUCAAGGUCUUGUCUUUUCCCACACCAAUUCUCACUCCCUCGAUUUUGAUUUAAUCUAAAAAUUAUUCACUUAAAAUAUCACUAUCCCAGAACACGCCAUAGCUUCACUAGGCUUUCUCUCUCUGCUGUAAGAAAAAUUCUCUCUACAGAGAGAACACCAUCCCCUGUCCCUAUUCACCAUUUCAGCUUCUUUCCUCGUUUCUGCUCGGUAUCCACAUGACCCAUCUUCUCUUCUUCUUCCUACUUCAGUAAUUUCUGUCUCUGCAGUUUUUUUCCUUCUUUACGGCAUCACUUCUGCUCUGUUCACAACUCGUUUCCAUGGCUGAGAUCUCUGAGGGUGAAAAACAGCCAAUCUAUCUUCAUGGGGACCUUGACUUGUUCAUUAUUGAAGCUAGAAGUUUGCCUAGUAUGGAUAUAGUUUCUACCCACGCUCGCAAUUGUUUCGCUGGUUGUACCCCUCACUCCAAUGCCGCCGCAAACACCGGCGCUACCACCGACGAAGAGACCGGUGAAGAUGACGAGAAAAUUCAUCACCACCGUAACGUCGUUAAGACUGACACUUACGUUACUGUCGUCGUCCCUCAAGCAACUGUGGCUCGCACGCGCGUGAUUAAGAAUGCAAAAAACCCUAAGUGGAAGCAACGGUUUUACAUUCCCUUGGCUCAUCCGGUAAUUGACCUCGCGUUUCAUGUUAAGGAUAAUGACCUUUUUGGAGCUGACGUUGUGGGGACCGUCAAAAUCCCUGCUCAAAAGCUCGAAACCGGCGAGUUGAUCAGCGGUUGGUUCCCUAUAAUUGGCUCCUCCGGCAAGCCACCGAAGCCGGACUCUGCAUUACAUGUGGAAAUGAAGUUUACAUCGUGUGAAAAGAAUCCGUUGUACCGCCAUGGUAUCGCCGGUGAUCCUGAACAUAGAGGAGUGAGGAAUUCGUACUUCCCAUUAAGAAAAGGAAGUAAAGUGACAAUGUAUCAAGAUGCUCAUGUGCUUGAUGGGAUGUUGCCCGAGAUCGAAAUUGAUGGCGGAAAGUUUUAUAGGCAAGAUAAGUGUUGGGAGGACAUUUGCUAUGCCAUAUCAGAGGCUCACCAUAUGAUUUACAUUGUGGGGUGGUCUGUUUUCUAUAAGAUUAAGCUGGUGAGAGAGCCCACCAGGCCAUUGCCUCGAGGUGGGGAUUUGACUCUUGGUGAAUUGCUCAAGUAUAAGUCUGAGGAAGGAGUCCGAGUUUUGUUGCUGAUUUGGGACGAUAAGACUUCGCACGACAAGUUUGGUAUUAGUACGGCAGGAUUGAUGCAGACACAUGAUGAAGAAACACGAAAAUUCUUCAAACAUUCGUCCGUCAUUUGCGUAUUGGCACCUCGCUAUGCCAGCAGUAAACUUGGUUUUUUGAAACAACAGGUUGUUGGAACUGCCUUUACACACCACCAAAAAUGUGUUCUUGUGGACACUCAGGCAUCUGGUAAUAAUAGGAAGAUGACUGCAUUUUUAGGAGGUAUUGAUCUGUGUGAUGGACGAUAUGACAACCCUGAGCAUCGAUUGUUUCGUGACCUUGAAACAGUAUUCAAGGAUGAUUUCCAUAAUCCAACAUUUCCUGCUGGGACCAAAGCUCCAAGGCAACCAUGGCAUGACUUGCAUUGCAGAAUUGAAGGACCUGCUGCAUAUGAUGUUCUUAUAAACUUUGAGCAGCGCUGGAGGAAAGCAACAAAGUGGACAGAGUUUGGACUGCGUUUCAAAAGGGUAUCCCAUUGGCAUGAUGAUGCAUUGAUAAAGAUAGAACGGAUUUCAUGGAUACUAAGUCCUCCCUUCACGAUAAAGGAUGAUGUCACAAUAGUUCCACCGGAUGAUCCCAUUGUACAUGUUUCCAAUGAAGAAGAUCCUGAAAACUGGCAUGUCCAGAUUUUUCGGUCUAUUGACACAGGUUCAUUAAAAGGAUUUCCCAAAAAAGCCCAUGAUUGUCAAACUAAGAACCUCAUUGCAACAAAAAAUCAGGUGGUGGAUAAGAGCAUUCAAACUGCAUACAUCCAGGCAAUCAGAUCUGCUCAGCAUUUCAUAUACAUUGAGAAUCAGUAUUUUCUUGGAUCUUCAUAUGGAUGGCCAUCAUAUAAAAAUGCUGGAGCUGAUAAUCUGAUACCAAUGGAGUUGGCAUUAAAGAUCUCCAGUAAAAUUAGAGCCAAUGAGAGAUUUGCAGUGUAUAUUGUGCUGCCAAUGUGGCCUGAGGGUGAUCCAAAAUCUGAAACCAUGCAAGAAAUUCUCUACUGGCAGAGCCAGACAAUGCAAAUGAUGUAUGACAUAGUUGCACGGGAAAUUAAAUCGAUGCAACUGGUAGAUUCACAUCCUCGUGAUUACCUCAAUUUCUUUUGUCUCGGUAACCGGGAAGAAAAUCCACAGCAUAUGUCCAGUAUUAAUGGUGAAGCGGUCUCCGAUGCUUACCAAUUUCAGCGAUUCAUGAUUUACGUCCAUGCAAAGGGGAUGAUUGUGGAUGACGAGUAUGUCAUUAUUGGAUCUGCCAAUAUUAACCAGAGAUCCAUGGCUGGUUCAAAAGAUAGUGAGAUAGCUAUGGGUGCAUAUCAACCCCACUACACAUGGGCUGCAAAGAGUAAACAUCCACGUGGACAGGUAUAUGGAUAUAGAAUGUCACUUUGGGCUGAGCAUCUUGGUGAGGUCCAAGAAUUGUUUGUGGAACCUGAGAGUUUAGAAUGUGUGAAGAAAGUAAAUAAUAUUGCUGAAGCCAACUGGAAGAGAUACACAGAUCCCAAUUUCACAUUAUUGCAUGGUCACCUUCUAAUGUAUCCUAUACAGGUAGAUGUUGAUGGGAAGGUAGGCCCCCUACCUGGAUUUGAGAAUUUCCCAGAUGCUGGUGGUAAGGUGCUUGGAGCUCAUUCCCUCAAAGUUCCUGAUAUUUUGACAACAUAAUCUUGUCUUCCCUCAGCCGUCUAAAGAAAAAAAGCAUGAUAUGUUGCUGGGUUUCGUAGUUUGGCAGAUUUGAAGAGCUCUACCUAGUUAAUUGUUUUUAUCAAAGAACUGUAACUUUCUGAUCUGCCAUUUGUGUGCAAAGGGUAAUAAGGAUGGCGUGAGUAUUGGUUUGGUUUUGCUGUGCAAAGUGAGGCGAGGAUGACAUAUGAAUGUUGUCUCAUAUUGAAUAAGGGCAAAUCAUUAGUUGCGCCUGAUGUAUGUGCUUCCUCACUCGCAACUCACAAUGAGUAGACCUUAUCAUUUAUAAUUCAAGGACGUGGAAUACCUGGGUGCA